AUGUGGCUCCUACGCUGGGUACCCAUUCUCUUCCUGGGCAAUGUUUUCACGUCUGCCAUGCCAGUCACCAAGUCUCAUAGGCUUCGCCUUCCAUUUGUUCCUUUCCCCGAGGACCUCAAAAAUGGUGCCCGAUCAUCCCUGGCUAUCGAAUGGUCUAUCAAAAAUGGAAGCCUAUACGCCAAUGAGAACCGGGUAUAUCCCCCAUCCGCGACAAUGCAGCUUCGUGUACCGCUAUUGGAAGGCACAGGCCAGACUCAUCUGAGCGGUAAGACCGUGGAUAUAUCCUAUAUCCUCGACAAUCGCCCACUGUCCACACAUAAAGUGGGAUUUACGGUCCGCGCGCGAUUGCAAUUCUUCGAUCUAAACGGCAACCUCGUGUCACCAAAUGCCGCGGUCAUCGACCUCCGCACCUAUCCCAAUGGACACUAUCACAUAACUCGCAUCCGCAUGGGGCCAGCGUGGGGCAGUGACAAGGAUGGUGGAUUUACCCAGAACAGCCCGCCGUGGGUUGUGAAGUACUGGAGAACACAAUACGGUUUCAUUUUCGAGCCCAAACCCACAUCUCCAAUCCACAAUUUGAUCCCAGCUAUGGACCCCUCCAGCAAUGAGAAUACCGGCAAAGUCACAAGCAAUGAGACCGCAGUCAAGGAUAAGUCUGGAUUAUCAAUCUCUCCUUUCCAGGCCGCUUCUAGCCCGGCUUCCUCGAACCACCACUCGGGACACUCCCACCCUCAUCAUGAGAAUUGUCUCAAGAACUCCUUCAUGCGCAUCAUCAACCACACUAUUUUACCUGCAGUGAUAGGUGCAGUGGUCGGAGUGGUGGCUUGUUUGGUGGGUUUCUUCCUUGGACAUAUACUAAUGUCUCUCGCAAUCCGAUUCGGGUGGCAUAAGACACAAGCCCAGAGGCUACCAACUAUACUGGAUGAGAAAGUCACAACUCCUGAAAAGUCUCCCAUGGUGCCGCAGAUCUCCAUAGCGCCCGUGUCCACAUCCCUUGUGUGA